ACAUAACAGUUCUCGGUUCGCCGUUCAUUUCAGUUAUCGUGCAUACGGAGUAAAGCGUUCAUGUUUUUAUCUCUACGUGUGAUAACAAAUAUAAACAAAAUCGAGUUUCCUAACUAAUAAGUUAUAGUUUACAACUUACCAAUAAGCAACUGUGUUUUCACUUUAUAAUUUGCAAUAUAUUUGUUGUUCUUUAAUAGUUGGGUCUUACUUUAGCUUAUUUUUUUAUAUCUCGACCGCGUGUGGCGGUGUUUACAAAGUUUGUAUUGUUUGAUAUCGUGUUUAGUUUUGUGUGUGUUUCACCCUGACCCUGUGCAGUGCAGUGCAGUGACUCAUUAAGAGUGUGAGGUGACUGCUUCAAGCUGGCCUCGUCGGGCGGAGGUAGCCCGGCGCCGCAGCCGGUGCAAUGGCGGGUGCGGAGAAAACCAGUGGUCUGCUGCAAGCGUUUUGCCUGGCACAGUGACGGAUAUGGGUGAUAUAGUGGUAAUAGGUGAUUAGUGUGAAAUGUGAGGCAUCAACUAGUGAUAGUGUUAGUGAUGUAACAUUCUAUGGAAGUGUCUGUGUGUUCUCGGAAUGUUCACGAAACACGGAAAGACGCUUGAGCGGUGUUCUCACCCCUCACAUAGAAGCUGCAAGAAGAAAAAACAGCCCCCACAUACACCCUGGAAAUACUUGAUGAAUUGCCCACUCGUUAGAAAAUGUUUUGGUCUACAGCUCCGGAGCAUAGAAGAGCCGUCAGGUGGCGCGGGCGCCGGCAUGCCCGCGCCUGCCUGCUACGACGCGGAGUGUGCACGGACAGAAGCCUGGCUCGAUGAGAACCAGGAGUUCGUGCAUGAUUAUUUCUUAAGAAAAGCUCCGCGACAAGUGGUGGACGCGUGGUUGGUGUCCCAUGCUACACCGCCCAGCGCCGAACUUCCGUCCCCUUCGAGAGCUGGCUCUGGAGCCACUACACCAGUUAGAAAGAUCUCAGCGCAUGAGUUCGAGAGAGGUGGUCUGCUGAAGCCACUAGUGACGACUGUAGAUGGGACUCCCACCUUCCUGGGAGACCAGCCUCAUGCGACACCCUCAAGGCCUCAGAGGCGCUCUAGGCACGAGCUCAAACAGCUGGACGAGAAGGAGCUUAUUUUUGAACUGGUAAAAGACAUUUGCAAUGAACUGGAAGUACGGGUUUUAUGCCAUAAAAUCCUGCAAAACGUUUCAAUUCUUCUUGAUGCGGACCGAGGCUCUCUGUUCCUCGUCCAAGGAGAAAAGGCCGCCUCACCUAUUCCACAAAAUGGCAGAUGCCUGGUGUCGAAGCUCUUCGAUGUCUGCUCUAAGUCAACUCCAGAACAGAUGGAACAGCUUGAGGAGAUCAGGAUACCAUGGGGCUCAGGCAUCGUUGGCUACGUGGCGGAGAGCGGCGAACCCGUGAAUAUACCUGACGCGUACAAGGACGAAAGGUUCAACCAUGAUAUCGAUCAGCAGACAGGCUAUAAGACAAGAUCGCUCCUUUGCAUGCCGAUUAAAGACAUCAAUGGCGAAGUUCUUGGAGUCGCACAGGUGAUAAACAAACAAAAUGACGGACCAUUCACAGCAUACGACGAGAAAGUAUUCUCUUCGUAUCUCCAAUUCUGCGGCAUUGGUUUACGGAACGCACAGCUGUAUGAACGGUCGCAGCUGGAAGUGAAAAGGAACCAGGUGCUGCUGGAUUUGGCGAGAAUGGUCUUUGAGGAGCAGAGCACGAUAGAGCAUAUGGUGUUGAGGAUAUUGACCCAUACGCAGAGCUUGAUUCGCUGUCAAAGGGUGCAGGUGCUGCUGGUACAUGAAGCGUCAAAGGGCAGUUUCUCCCGUGUCUUCGAUCUGGAGGCGGGUGAUGAUGAAGAACCUGGUACUCCACGGACAUCGCCAUACGAGAGCAGGUUUCCCAUCAACAUCGGUAUCACAGGCUACGUUGCAACUACUGGAGAGACUGUAAAUAUACCCGACGCGUACACGGAUGCACGGUUUGACCCUUCAGUGGACGAGGGUGCUGGCUUCAAGCACAACACAAUCCUUUGUAUGGCGAUCAAGAACUCUGAGGGACAAAUUAUUGGUGUUAUACAGCUAAUCAACAAAUUUGAUGAACUGCUCUUCACAAAGAAUGAUGAGAACUUUGUGGAGGCGUUUGCAAUAUUCUGCGGUAUGGGAAUCCACAAUACACAUAUGUACGAGAAAGCUAUCACUGCCAUGGCCAAACAGAGUGUAACAUUAGAUGUUUUAAGUUACCAUGCAUCGGCAUCAAUAGAUGACGCACAAAGAUUACGGAGUUUAAGAAUACCAUCAUCAGCUCACUUCAGCCUCCAUGAGCUGUCAUUCGAUGACAUCGAUUUGACAGACGACGAUACACUGCGCGCCUGCCUGAGGAUGUUCCUAGAUCUUGACUUUAUUGAACGGUUCCACAUAGACUACGGCGUGCUUUGUAGGUGGCUCUUGAGCGUUAAGAAGAAUUACCGCAACGUAACCUAUCACAAUUGGAGACAUGCGUUCAACGUCGCUCAGAUGAUGUUCUCAAUACUUACGGAUACUCAGUGGUGGCAGAUUUUCGGUGAGCUCGAAUGCCUGGCACUGAUCAUCGGAUGUCUCUGUCAUGAUCUCGACCACCGGGGGACUAACAACUCCUUCCAAAUCAAGGCAUCAUCACCCCUGGCCCAGUUGUACUCGACGUCGACGAUGGAGCACCACCACUUCGACCAGUGUCUCAUGAUCCUGAACUCCCCUGGAAACCAAAUCCUGGCGAAUCUCUCUUCUGAGGAUUACGAAAAGGUCGUCAAGGUGCUGGAAGACGCUAUACUUUCCACCGAUUUGGCUGUGUAUUUCAGUAAAAGAAAUGCCUUCCUGGACAUAGUGAGUUCGGACAAGACGGUAACACCUGCCUGGGGCGAGUGCGAAGAGCGUCGCGCACUGCUGCGUGCGAUGUUGAUGACGGCGUGCGACCUCGCCGCCAUCACGAAGCCCUGGCCCGUGGAGAGACGGGUGGCGGCGCUCGUCGCCGGGGAGUUCUUCCGCCAGGGUGACCUGGAGAAACAGAACCUCAAUCUGACGCCCAUCGAUAUCAUGAACCGAGACAAAGAGGAUCAGCUGCCAUCGAUGCAGGUCAAGUUCAUCGAUACUAUUUGCUUGCCCAUUUACGAGGCAUUUGCCGUACUCCACUCAUCGCUCCAGCCGAUGUUGGACCGCGUGAAAAGCAACCGUGCGCACUGGAUCGAGCUAGCAAACGAAGCGAGCAAUGGCGAGAAAUUCGACUUCUGUCUUGACAAGGAGCCAGAGAAAAACGACAAAUCCAGCGCGAGCUCGCACGUAGACGACACGGAGAACACGUACGAGGGAGACAGCAGUGGUGCAGUCAGUCUCUCUUCGGAGACCAACUCGAAAUACGACAAUCUGGAGAAUCCGGUUGUCGGCCUCGUCUGCAACAACACGUUGACACAGCGGGACCCGACGAAGUUCUGCCAUUUGAACGAAAUGAACUAAACGACCUGGCUUUGACGGUGCCCAUAUUUAUGUUGCUGGUUAAAUUUGGAUUAUACCGUCGAAGGUUUGACUUAGCUGAUAAAACUAUUCUAAUUGAUAAGCCUAAAAGUAUGUCUUAUUUACCGUUUAAAUCUUUAAAGAAAAUCGAAGGAAAAGAAGAGUCCUUUGGAUUAACUGACCGAAACACGUUAAAUUGUGAGCCGUGUUACAAUUUUGAAGCUGUUAUAAAUGUCGCGAGAUUAAUCUGUUACAAUUUUACGAACGCACAUCUGGACUUCUAUAAUCGAAAUAUUAAUUUGUUAACUGAAAAUAAGUUUAAUAAAGAAUGACAAAUAUCCAUUAAAAUAUCAUAACAUAUUGGCUUCUAGGCUUGUUUAAAGUAUUGGUCCUUCUCAGCUCAGCGUCAAAUGGUGAAUUGGCAUGAUUUAGUUUUAGUACAAAUUGUAAUUCACGGAGGCGUUUCACUACAUUCGUAGAUAAGAUCAUUAGUUUUAAAUGUCAGAUACUUAAGCGAGGGCAUGUUAAAACAUUUUAAUGUUUUAGCUGAUUUCGGCCUGUUUAUAUAAUACGUGACAUGAAAGUUAAACACUUACCUCAUUCAUUCUAUUCCUACUACGUGUAAUUAACAUGAAUUAUUUUCGUGUCUUGCUAGUUUUUGGUAUCAUUUAAGAUACUUUUAUUUACUUUAAUUUUAUGUUCUCACGCGUUUGGUAAUACAUUAUAAUUGAAAUCAGGGCCUAUCUGUCUUAGCGAACCUGUAUGACCGAGAUACCAAAAAUUUUUAUAGUUAGGUAUUACUAAAUUGAGACCGGAAACAUCUUUAGUAUUGUGAUGAUUUUUGUAGAAUUAUUUGUUUUAGUUUAAACCCUCUAAGUCCAUUUCAUGAGCGAAUGUUAUGUGGGCGAUAAGGUCGUGUAAAUACAACUAUUUUAGAGGAUUAACAGUUAAUGUGAUGAGUACUUACUUGUGAGUUUUUGUUUUCUACGUGUUUCUGCAGCUUUAUGUAAUACCGCUAUCAAGGCAGUUUGGCCUCGUUUGCGGAUACGUGAUGCAUCAUGACGUAUGUACGAUGUAUGUACGCGAUUGCGUUGGCGUACAAGUUUGUUCUUCGUUCCUGUAACCAAUAAGUUUGAUAAGUAUUAGAGGCUUACGUUUGUGUUGAAUAGUUAUGAAAUAUCUUACGAGUCUUUAGCAGUAAAAGAUUUAUCAUACAAAUUUUCUAGACUAAAACAUUUAAUACUUUGUCAAACUCACGAUAGAGCUAACGUACACGCACGCAAUCGUUUACGUUGGUCAAGUUAUGUUGCCUCAGAUCGUAGUACUUGGGACGCAGUAUAGCAAUUAUUAUUCGCGUAUCAUAUGCAUCGUGUCUCCGUUGAUGAGCCCUAAAGUCCGUAAAACCAUUCCAUUAUAAUUUCAUACCAAAUUCUACUAUAAUUGUGUCGUCUACUAACCAAAAAGUCAAUUAUGUAUGCUGAGAUUUUUUUGACUUCGUAAACACUUCACAAUUAGCUCGUGUGUUAACGAUGUUAGGUUUAAGAAAAAUAACAUUCUAAGGUUAAGAGAAUAACCUCAAAUUAUUGAAAUACCACCGUUUUGUCAUGUUUAAUAGAUGACGAUGUGAAUUAAUUCAUGAUUUUUUGUAAUCUCGAGAUAUAUAUGUGGCGCUUGAAAUUGAUAAUAAUGGAUUUUUUUACAAGUAAUUUAUUGAUGUAUAACUCAAAUAUUACGCGGUCUUGGUCUACAAUUGUCUCUUUUCGAUUUGCACGACGCAAAAAUUCUGUUCAGUCAACGCUAAUGACAUCUUGGUAAAUGUAUGAAGUUCUUGAUUCUAAGGCUUCUAAGUUGUAACAUUUUUGCGUUGUUUGCAUUGCGCGAUCGUGUUUUGUUUGAUGAUAUACACCAAUAAGAACUUGGUUCUUUUUUUAAUUUUCAAUAUAGCUUCUUUAUGAGAAGUUAAUGUAAUGUGAAAACCUUUUUAUUUUUGAACAAAAACCGUUUUCUUAUUCUCGAAUCCAUAAUUAGUUAUUUUAAGCACCACAACUAUGACCAAAAUAAAUGUAAGUACUUACUACUCGCAAACAGUUUUUGAUAAUUGCUUAGAAUUUUCUAUAAAUCAAUUAAAUUUUUUAUAUCGACAGUAUUCGUCGCUAAAGUUAUGACCAAUUCUUAAAGAUUAUAGAAAAAUAAUAUUUUGAAAUUGGAAUUCUCUCUAUAAUCGUAGAUAUUUAAAAAUCUCAAAUUAUUGUGGUAAUCAUGUACAACGUUAAUGUUAAGAUUGCUGUAAGUAUUAUUAGCAAGUAAUUAGAAAAUUAAUAUGACGAGAUGUAUGGUGUGUGAUUCAUUAUGGAGGUUGUUUUGUUCCAAACAAAAUGUUAUUUAUUUAUGAAUAAACAAAUUUUGAAAUA